UUAUUUUUACAGUAAAUGGGGAGGUGUGGGGACAGGGAAUCCUACAUGAGCUGCUUGUCAGAUCCCCUAAAUAACCAACUCAGUAGUGCAGGUCCCUUCUGCAUCUUGCUUUCUGUGCCGCAACAGUGAGGGGACACUAGCACAGAAUGGAGCUGUUAUCUGCUCUCAGCCUUGAUGACCUGGCUGUCUCCUUCUCCAAAUUGCCUGUUUUCCCUCUGUUCGAUGUGGCCUAUUAUAUCAUCUCCAUUUUGUACCUGAAAUAUGAACCAGGUGCAGUGGCUCUUUCCAAACGUAGCCCAGUAGCCUCCUGGCUCUGUGCGAUGCUCUACUGCUUUGGAAGCUACAUUCUCGCUGAUGUGCUUUUAGGAGAGUCUCCCAUUCACUAUUUCAGCAAUAACGCCAACAUCCUUUUGGCCUCAGCUGUAUGGUACUUGACUUUCUUUUGCCCCUUAAAUAUUUUCUACAAGAUUGUUAGCUUCUUGCCUGUGAAGCUUGUCCUCGUUGGAAUGAAGGAAGUGGUUCGAGUUCGCAAGAUUGCCAUUGGAAUCCAUCACGCCCACCAUCAAUACCAUCAUGGCUGGGUUAUCAUGGUACUGAUCGGAUGGGUAAAAGGCUCUGGAGUGGCCUUGAUGUCCAACCUGGAGCAGCUCUUGCGUGGAGUCUGGAAGCCAGAGACAAAUGAGAUUCUCCAUAUGUCUUUUCCAACUAAGGCCAGUCUGUAUGGAGCUAUCCUGUUCACCUUACAACAGGCUCAUUGGCUUCCCAUCUCCAAAGCCUAUCUCAUCUUUUUCUUCACUCUCUUCAUGGCAGUCUGCAAGAUCUACAUGACAGCCACUCACUCUCAUGGCUCCCCAUUUGCUAUAUUCGAGUCUGGUAUCUGUUUUGUACUUUUUGGUUCUGCCAACGGUGAUCACGAUGACCACAGUGACCAUCAUCACCAUCACGAUGACCAUGACGUAUCCCAUUCAGCUGCAAAAUCCAAAGAGGAACUCAAUGAGGGAACACGAAAGAGGAAAACAAAGAAAGCUGAGUAAUAACAAGAGAAGACAUCUAAAGUAGCACAGCUCUGGAUGAAGUGUUAUUUGAAUAAUACAUAAUACAUAAUAACAUACCAGUCUGCUUACAUUGGGGGUUCCUUGCACAUAAUUAAUAAUAUCUACCACAUUGACUACAUGGUUUCUUAGAGGACAUUCACAAUCUGCUUUCACAUCUCCUGAUGGUUAAAUACUGUUUUAAUAGAUGUUGAAGCCAUUUUACUUCAGGGUCAUAUUGGUUUCAAAUGUGGCCAUGCAAUGUAGAAUAAACUGUCAAGAUUCUUAGUGAUUACAGAACUGGAACUAGUUUUAUAAAAUAAGUUAUAAGAUAAGUCUGCCUUAGAUAUUAAGACUAGCAUGCCUAUAGUGGUAGUUAUAUGAGGUAUGGGCAAUAUGAGGAAUCCGAUGUGUAGCUUAUACCUGCUUUAUAUUAAGCAGUCAUUACAGUCAUUAAAAAUUAAAUACAGAAAUACUUUACAAACUUUUGAUUCAAAAAUGGAUACAAAAUAAAACUACUAUAUAAUCUUUAAUUUAACUUAGCCUUUUUUUAGACCAGAACCCUCUGAAAAGAAUACAGUCUUUUUAAAAUAUUCCGAUACAUUUGUUUAUUCAAGAAUAAAAAUAUUGAGAAGG